AUGUCACGUCGUUCUGGAGCCAAUGGAGCUCCUGUGCCGGUUGCAGUGAAGCCCAGGGGUCAGCAGUUUGCAUCAGGUGGGCUUGGGUUUGGAGGAACCGGUCGAUUUAAUGGGUUUGGCGGUUAUCAACUGCACGUAUCAGAAUACUUUGGCUCAGGACACACUGGGGUUACGCCAACUGAUAGAAUUGUGAUGGCAUUCAAGUGUGGAAUUGAUAGCGAGAUUGAACAGUCAUUAAGUACGUUGGCGUUUUUUUCAUGUCAUUCACCCGAAUUAGUCAAAUUUGAACAAAAUGAAUAUUUAGGUAAAGAAUUAAUUAAGUUCUUUCUUAAACCAUAUUUACUCAUACUUGAGGGAGAAGAAAAUAAAGUGACUUCAAAAAUUAUUAAUUUGAGUCAAGACUCAUUGAUAGUUCUACGUAAUGCUACUCAAGAUCUCGAUAAUCAACAAUGGUUAUCACAAGUUAAAAAUUUUAAAAAACAUAUAGUGGAAGUAUUAAAAUUACUUGUCAGUUGGAUCUAUAGUAGCGAAAUUAAAUCAUACCAUCUUUCUACUUUCCAAGAUUUAUGGAAUGAAGCAUUACCAUAUCUUCUUGAUUUGAUUGAUCCACUAUCUUGUUAUUAUGUGGAUAACAAUAAACAAGAUCCUUUAUUUAAUCAAUUGCUUUUGAUAUCUACUCAAUCAAAGGAUAAAUACAUUUUAACCACCACCAUUAAGUGCUUGGGACAUUUACUUUUCAUUUCUGAUAAAACAAAAAAUGAUGAAAAUAAUGGUAAAAAUGGUUCGAUUACAGAAAAUAUUAAUGAAAUUAAACAAAAUCCUCAUAACUGUAUUGAUGCAAUUACUGAAGAUCAUUUACAAAGAAUCGUCGGCCUUUUAUUUAUUAACGAUGAUGAAAUUACUCAUGCAGUAUUAUCAUUUCUCAAACAAUAUUUAACUUCAGAAUCAUUACAUCCAAAUUACCCUGAUUCAGUAAAAGAAUCACAAUUACAUAGAUUGAAAAAAUUGGUUCAAAUUAAUUCUUCUAGACUUAAUUUACAAAUACUAAUGAAACAAUUACCUCAGUUAAUUUUAUCGAAAAUCCCGUUGAUUGAUCAAUCGAAAAUCCCAGAAACCCCUUCGAUAUCAUUAUCAAAAAGAUCCACCUAUUCAGGUAUUCGCUCAACUAGACCAACAUUACCUGCUGACUUAUAUAAAGUGGUGGUUAGAUUACCAGAACCUCUCAGAGCCACUACGUGGCUCCGUUGCUGUUAUGAACCUUAUUAUCCUCCAUCCGAGGCUGCAAGUAAUAUCAAUGAAACCAGUGAAGUUGCCCCCGGUGAAGUCACUCAAAUUUCUUUAUGGAAAGCUUACGAAACCCAAUUCGAAGAAAUUUGGAAAAACGAUUCAAAACUGGAUCAUGCAAGUUUAUUAGCGGCAGUUGAAUUCAUCAAAAAUGUCACCUCUGCAUUCCCAGAAUCAGAAACCAUGGUUGUUAAUAUCCCUUCUACCGACCCUUCAAAACCAGCUAAAAAAAAAUUCGUCAUUAAAGGUAUUCAACCAAGACAAUUCCCAGUAAGUAUCGAAAUUGGGAACUACGAGGCUCUCAGAAAACGCCAAAACCAAGCCAUGAUUCUUGGUAACGAAAGCUCCGGCGAUAGCUCGUUACCGGUUGGCCAUGUGGACUACGAUAAAUUCCAACAUAUCAUAUCUCUGGUCAAUGACAAAAUCUUAGAACCUAAUCCAGACUUACCCAAAAUUGAAAAUCACUUCUUGAACUCCUUGAGUCAUGACAUCUUGGAUUACAUCAUUACAGAAUUAUUAGAUCCUGACACCGACGGGGAAUACAAAAAUAUCUUUAGAUAUUAUAACAUCGAUUGGUUGCCCGAACUAAUCUACGCCAACCCAGGAUUGAUCCAAAACGGAAGAGUUUUCGUUACUGAUGUCAUCCAUAGAGUGUUUGUUCUUGGGUUGUUUACCUUUUGUGUUGUUGGAGUUGGUGGUAUCGGAUUCAACAUUUGGGCAAACUCCGAUUAUGCUAGAAUGAACAAGAACAAGUUAACCUUCGAUAAGAAACAAUACGAAGAAGCUCGUAAGCAAGAUGAAAAGGAAGAAUCCAAGUAAACCUAAACUUGCACGCAUUUCAUAAUUAAUUUUAAGAAAAAAACUCAAACUCUUAUCAUGUUCUUCUGUAAAUAGUUUAAUUUCAUGUCAAUAAAAUGUUCAGCUAGCUGAG